AAAGCAUUUUCAAUAUUUCAAUGCGGAAGAUAGUCACGUUCAGUUGGCUGCGAUUCAGUUAGCAGCUCGCGUUUUAAACAGUCCAAAUAAUAGGAAACAUAUAUAUCUUGAACCAAUCAUCAUACACUUGCAACAGUGAUUGGAACACAUAUUUUUUUCGAGUGAUUGAUUACCCAGUGAGACUACGCCAACUUCAUAUAACCCCACCGAAAGCUAGUUAAAACCAAAAAAAAACAAAACAAAACCAAAGAUGCGGCCUUUUGGCAACGACAUAACAAACAUCCCAAACAGUGGCAGCAAUGGUGGCAGCAAUGGUGGUAAUAAUGGCAGUAACAAUGGCAACAACGAUCCCAAUGAUGGCAACGACAACCGCAGCACCAAUCUCUCCAGUGAGGAUCCCAGCGAGGAGUCCGGCCUUUCAGACGAUCCGAGCAUUCCGCCGCACAUAGCGAGGAUCGGCGGCAUCGUCACCUGUCCUCCGAUCGCCGGACAAGGAGUCAUCCGGGUGGUUCAGCGGUGCGAGGACGCCAAGGAGAACCACAAGCUGGAUCUUUCGAGCUGUGAACUGAUGCAAAUACCAGAUGCAGUCUACCAUCUUAUGCGUAACACAGAGCUGGUCACCUGCAAUCUCAGCGGCAAUGUGCUCAAGAGCGUUUCGCCCAAGUUUUCGCAAAAGUUCAGCACCAUCACAGAUCUCAAUCUGUCACACAACAAACUGUCGAGGCUGCCAGAGGAGUUCGCCAGCUUGUCUGCGCUGACCAAGCUGAAUAUCUCGAACAACUCGUUCAUCGUUUUGCCACAAGUAGUCUUUAAGCUUCAGAGUCUUGCCAGUCUGGAUGCCCAGAACAAUGCCAUAUUGGAAAUUGAUACCGACGAGGCAAUUACCAGUGACAACUUGGCCCUCGUCGAUCUGCGCAAUAAUCCGCUGAGCAGAAACUGCCGACGAAAGCUGCAGAACUUCAAGACGCCCUUCCUCCUUGAGAUCUCCAAGGAGAUGGACGAUGACUGGUAGACCGGCUGGAUGUCCUGGCCACUCAUUUUCCACAAAAAAAAAAAAAACAACAACACCACAAACAAAUCUCUCGUUAUCUCGAAAGAGAGCGCCCUGAACGGCCCUCCUUCAACUUAUUUAUUCUGUUUAUAAAUUUAUAUAUAUAUAUAUUUAUCAAAAACCACAAA